AUGGAACGGCGCAUUCAGUCUGGAUCAUCAUGGCCCAUGCUCCUGCUCCAGCCUCCAGCCUCCAGCCUCCGUGCCAGACAAACUGGGUAUAAGGAGGGUCACGGGGCUCGACAGGGAAAUUUGCUUUCCUGGCAAACGCCCGAGCAGAGGAAUGACGAGGUUCCGCUUUUUCUUUUUUUCCCUCUCUUUUUCUGGAGACACUCUCUCUCUCUCUCUCAGGAGCUGCUCGAGGAUGCCCACGCCCCCUCUCUUCUUCGUCUUUGCCGCCCCGUCGGCCCGCGCGAGUCGAGUCGAGUUGCCGUUGACGGGUGCCAAGUCAAGACGAUGCGCGCGCGACCCGAGGCGGCGGACAAGAAAAUGACGGCGGAGCAAUGGGGAUAG